AAAGAUCUCUUCCUCAUACUCCCUCUCAAAACCCAACCCCAAAACCUUAUCACAAUCUCUCCUCUUAUUUUCCUCUCCUUCUUUCUAUCCGUAAACCCUCAAAAUUCUUAUCUCAAAGUGAUUUUAGCCUUCAAUUCCUUGUUACUGCGUCCAUGGAUUCUAAGGAAGCGACGGCGUUUUUCGUUUCAGAUACUUCCUCAGGUUCUUCUCCUUCUUCUUAUGUAUCUAAUAAUCAAAAUUUGUUGAAAACAAGUGUUGUGGACACUGAUGUUAAGAAUAAUAGUGAAAAUGGGAUUAAAGAUAAUGUUUCUGAUGAAGAGGACGAGGGGGGUUAUGUUAGUGGGCAAGAGGAGUUUGAAUCUUCGUCGGAGAAGCUGAUUUUGACUGGGGCGGACGGGGAAGCUGCAGGGAAUGGUGCUGAGGAUAGGGGUUUUGAUGAGGCCUCGGGAGUUUCGAUGGCAAAAGUCGAUGCUUUUUCGAUUUCUGGGGUUUCUGAUAAUGAUAGCAGUGUUGAAAAAGGGGUUAAUGAUGACGAAAAAGAUGGGGUGGUGUUGGGGAAAGAUUCUGUUAAUGGCUCAGUUGCUAUUGCUGGUAGUGAUACUAACGAAUCGAAGGUGGAGGAGGUUGAGAUGGAUAGAGACAAGGCUGAGAAGAAUCAGAAGACUGAGUCUUUAACCAGCGAAGCUCCGGCUACUGAACCGAAUGCAAAAGGGGAUUCUCUUGAACCGGCAGAAUCAGAGUUGGCCGAAGAAGGUGGGGUGAAAUUCACAUCUGAAGGGGAUUCUGUUGUUGAUACCCCUGGACCAGGGGCGGCUGUUGUUCAGCCUACAGAAGAAGACAUUAAAAUGGAUGAGGUUCCAGUUGAUGAGAGUGUGGAACUAGUUGGUGCUGCUAUUGAAACUAGCCAUGGCUGUGAAGAAGCAUCUAGUGUGAAAAUCACAUCUGAAGGGGAUUCUGUUGUUGAUACGAUUCAUGUUGAUAUUGCUCGGCCGGGGGUGGAUGUUGUUGGGGAGGUGGGACCCAAAGUUGAGAAAGUGGAGGUUCCAGUUGAUGAGAAUAGGGAACCAGUUGGUGCUGAUUUUGAAACUAAUCAUGGAGUUGAAGAAGCAUGUUGUAUGGAAUUGACAUCUGAAGGAGAUUCCGUUGUUGAUACCAUUAAGGUUGAUACACUUGUGCCCACUGUGCCCGGGUUGGUGGUUGUUGGGGAGACAGAAGAAGAAAUUGAAAGAGUGAAGGUUUCAGUUGAUGAGAAUGCUGAACCAGUUUAUAAAAGCUCCGAGUUCAAGCCAAUUGAAUCUGACAAUAAUGCUGUUGCGUAUGAGAACGAUGAAAAGAUUGAUGCAAGAGUUGUAAAUGAUGUGGCAAAUGGAGUUCACAUGGGUGUAACAACAAAUGAUUUGGUCAAUAGUGAGAAUAUUAUAAAGAAGUCGGAGGACGGAUUUAACCCAGUGUCCGUUUCUGAGGUUGGAACUGAAAUGAAGAUUAGCAAUGAUAGAGAAGUUGGACUUUUCAGUGAAACAGUAGGAGUAGAUGGAGAUACUAAUGGCGAGUAUUCCCAUGUUAAUGUUGGUGAUCAAUUGGAGGAUGGGGUCCACAAGGAAUCAGAACCUGAAUCAUUCUUUGAGCCACAUGAAAUUAGAGAAGCUGAAAAUGAAGGCCAAUAUCAAAUGAAUGAAGAAGCUGAUCAUGAAGACUUGACAUCAGAUGAGGCAACUGAUGGUAUGAUUUUUGGAAGUUCUGAGGCCGCCAAGCAGUUCAUUGAGGAGCUGGAACGGGGAUCGGGUGGUGGUUCACGUGCUGACAGUUCGCUUGAGCACUCUCAAGGGAUUGAUGGUCAAAUUGUCACAGACUCGGAAGAAGAAGCCGACACAGAUGAAGAAGGAGAUGGUAAAGAGUUGUUUGAUUCUGCUGCCUUGGCAGCUCUUUUGAAAGCUGCAACAGGUGCUGAUUCAGACAGUGGCAGUAUCACCAUAACCUCUCAAGAUGGAUCUAGGCUUUUCUCUGUUGAGCGUCCAGCUGGCCUGGGAUCUUCACUCCGGUCUUUGCGACCUGCCCCACAACCAAACCGCCCCAACCUUUUCACUCCUUCCACUUUUUCGGGGAGGGGAGAAUCUGAGAACAACUUGAGUGAAGAAGAGAAAAAGAAACUGGAGAAGUUACAGCAGAUCAGAGUUAAAUUUUUGAGGCUAGUUUAUAGAUUAGGCCUCUCUCUAGAAGAAUCCAUGGCAGCACAGGUUCUGUAUCGCUUCACACUUCUUGCAGGAAGGCAGAAUGGCCAAAUUUUUAGUGUGGAUGCUGCCAAGAGGAUGGCUGUGGAGCUUGAAUCAGAGGGAAAAGAUGAUUUGGACUUCAAUGUGAACAUCUUGGUUCUUGGAAAAUCUGGAAUGGGUAAAAGCGCUACCAUAAAUUCGAUAUUUGGAGAGGAGAAGGCACCAGUCGAUGCAUUUGAAACUGAGACGGCUUCUGUGAAAGAGAUUAGUGGGUUUGUUGAUGGAGUUAAAGUUGUGAUAUAUGACACGCCUGGUCUCAAGCCUUCUGUAAUGGAACAGGCUUACAACCGCAAUGUGUUGUCUUCUGUCAAGAAGUUCACAAAGAAAAGCUCUCCUGAUGUUGUCCUCUAUGUGGACCGAUUGGAUGCUCAAACAAGAGAUCUUAACGAUCUACCACUACUGAGGACUGUUACUAGUUCUCUUGGCCCCUCUAUCUGGCGAAGUGCAAUAGUCACCCUUACCCAUGGUGCCUCUGCACCUCCUGAUGGACCUUCGGGUACUCCUUUGAGCUACGAGGCGUUUGUUGCUCAAAGAUCUCAUGUUGUCCAACAGUCCAUUGGGCAGGCCGUAGGUGAUCUACGUAUGAUGAGUCCAAGUCUGAUGAAUCCUGUUUCUCUUGUGGAAAACCACCCCUCUUGCCGGAAGAACAGGGAGGGUCAGAAAAUACUUCCCAAUGGCCAGAGUUGGAGAUCUCAGUUGUUGCUGUUAUGCUACUCGAUGAAGAUAUUAUCAGAAGCAAGUUCUCUCUCGAAACCUCAUGAUCCAUUUGACCACCGCAAGCUAUUUGGUUUUCGAGUCCGCUCACCACCUCUUCCGUACAUGUUGUCAUCGAUGUUGCAAUCUCGUGCUCAUCCAAAGCUUCCUUCCGAGCAGGGUGGUGACAAUGCUGAUUCUGAUAUUGAUUUGGAUGAUUUUUCGGAUUCUGAUCAAGAAGGAGAAGAUGAAUAUGACCAGCUCCCUCCCUUUAAGCCUCUGAGGAAAGCUCAGAUAGCUAAACUCAGCAAAGAACAGAGGAAGGCAUAUUUCGAAGAGUACGACUAUCGGGUGAAGCUACUUCAGAAGAAACAGUUUAAAGACGAAAUCAGAAGAAUGAAAGAAUUUAAAAAACAAGGGAAGGUUCCUGCUGCUGAUUAUGCUAAUCCGGAGGAAGAAGCCGAUGCUGGAGCUGCAGCUCCUGUGGCGGUUCCUCUACCAGACAUGGCCCUGCCACCUUCAUUUGAUGGUGAUAAUCCUGCAUACAGGUACCGAUUCUUGGAGCCAACUUCCCAGUUUCUUGCAAGACCAGUUCUAGAUUCCCAUGGUUGGGACCAUGAUUGUGGCUAUGACGGCGUUAACCUUGAACAUGGACUUGCUAUUGCUAAUCGCUACCCAGCUGCAUUUACAGUUCAAAUCACAAAAGAUAAGAAAGACUUCACACUCAGUUUGGAUUCCUCUGUUUCAGUUAAGCACGGGGAGAAUAUCUCGAGCAUGGCAGGGUUCGACAUUCAAAGUAUAGGAAAGCAACUUGCAUACAUAGUCCGAGGUGAAACCAAAUUCAAAAAUUUGAAGAAGAACAAGGCGGCUGGUGGGAUGUCUGUUACUUUUCUAGGCGAGAACGUGGUGCCUGGUGUGAAGAUUGAGGAUCAGAUUACAUUGGGAAAACAGUAUGUUUUGGUUGGUAGCUGUGGUGCUGUUCGUUCACAGAGUGAAACUGCGUAUGGAGCGAACUUUGAACUGCAACGUAAGGAGCUCGACUCUCCAAUAGGCCAGGUUCAAUCGACCCUCAGCAUGUCUGUGAUCAAGUGGCGCGGGGACUUUGCUCUUGGGUUCAACAGUCUGGCACAGUUCUCAAUCGGGCGUAAUUCUAAGGUUGCUGUUCGAGCCGGGAUCAACAACAAGCUCAGUGGUCAGAUCACCGUAAGGACAAGUAAUUCGGAGAAUCUUUCUCUUGCACUGGCUGCUAUUAUUCCAACUGCAAUUUCCAUUUACAGAAAAUUCUGGCCUGGUGUUGCCGACAAGUAUUCAAUUUACUAAUCCUCGUAUCUUGCGGUGUUUCAUUCUUUAGUUAUAUUACUCAUGUUAUAAGACUCUGCAUUUAUCAUUUUUACAUCAUUUCAAAUGCAUAUUGUAGUAUUUUUCUUAUACGUUGCUGCUCAAACUUCUUUUUGGCGUGAUAAUGUACUCUCGAUGAGAUGAUACGACAAAAUUAAAAGAAUCGUCUAUGCUUA